AUGGCCUCCCAAAUGCGAGCAAUCCUCACCUCUAAGCCCGGACCAGCGGCGCAGGUGCUCUCGCUUGCAACAGUACCUGUCCCAGCGCUGGAGAGCGCAUAUGACAUCCUAGUCAAGAUCCGUGGUGUCGCACUCAAUCCCGUCGACACGAAGGUCCGGAGCUCCAACACCAGACCGAACCGUAUCCUCGGCUACGAUGCUGCUGGUCUGGUAGAGCAGGCGGGGGAGAAGGCGCUAUUCAAAAAGGGCGAUGAGGUGAUGUACGCGGGCGCGGUUGCCCGGGAUGGCACGAACGCGCAGUAUGGCGUGGUGGAUUCGAGGAUUGUGGGCAGGAAGCCGAAGGGGUGGAGCUGGGAGGAUGCCGCGGGGCUGCCGCUCGUUGGGCUUACCGCUUGGGAGAUGCUGGAGGAGCAGUUCGGGCUGAAGCCGUUUGAAAAGCAGACGAAGGAGCAUACGUUGUUGAUCGUCAAUGGGGCUGGCGGCGUUGGCUCGAUGGCUACGCAGUUGGCUGCCAGAAUUUUCAAUGUCAAGAACAUCAUCGUCACUGCUUCUCGACAAGAGACCAUCGAUUGGGCUAAGAAAAAUGGUGCUACUCACGUAAUUAAUCAUCGCGAAGAUAUAGCUGCACAGCUGAAGGACUUGUCACUCAAGCCGACGCUCGCGUUUAUUUGCCACGACACCUUGAAGUACUUGCCUAUCCUAGUCCCAGUCAUGCGACCUUUCGGACGCAUCGGGUCCAUCGUAGGUGCACCAGAGCCAAUUCCCUUCCAGGCAGGUCCAGGAGGAGCCUUCUCAAAGGCCCUUUCUUUCCAUUGGGAGUAUAUGUUUGCCAAGUCCGCGGAGGACUACGAGCAGGAGUCGCAGGGCAGGAUUCUAAACCUGCUAGCCGAUGCCGCAGAGGAAGGGAAAGUAGGGAAUCUGACCACAGUCAAGGAAGUCCUGAGCCUCGCGAGUCUGAAGAGAGGACAUGAACUGCUUGAGAGCGGGAAGGCCAUUGGGAAGAUUGUAUUCGAAGUCAGGGACACAAUCGAGGAGAACUGA